AGUCAUCACCCAAAGAAUGGCUCAUAUAGACGCACUGUACAUUCAGACUGUGGUCCACCAGGGGAACAAGUGAAUCUGACAGACACGGGGUAGAAAGUAUGUCUGAAACCAAGACAGAGGUCUUUACGAUAGCUGAGACGGUGGAGCCGGCAGUGGAGAAGUACAUGAGCGACACAAAUAAGAAGAGAUGCAUCUUUGAGCAAUAUGUGCAGCCCUGCCUAGCUGAGCUGUUUGGGACAUGCCUGUUUGUGUUUGUGGGGUGUGCGUCUGUUAUUGGUGAUGUGGGGACACUUGGUGUCCUCCAGCCUGCUGUGGCACAUGGACUGGCGUUAGGAGUGCUGAUCAUGGUGUUCGGUCAAAUUAGUGGGGGGCACUUUAACCCUGCGGUAUCUCUGAGCGUUUACCUGUGUGGAGGGAUGGAGCUUCUUCUCCUGCUGCCUUAUGUCCUAGCUCAGAUGUUGGGAGGGAUUACUGGUGCUUUUUUGGCCAAGGCAAUGUACCCUGCUAAUAUGUUCGCUGCUUCCCUUGGAGGAGCCUUUGAAGUAGUCAACAAUGACCUGGGUAAAACCACUCUGGCAGAGAUAAUUAUGACCCUGUUCCUCACCAUGGUGGUGUGCAUGGGGGCCAUCAACAGCCGAACCAGCUCACCAUUUGCUCCUUUCUGCAUUGGCCUCACUGUGACAGCCAACAUAUUUGCUGGAGGGAUGGUGUCCGGAGCCUGUAUGAACCCUGCUCGAGCUUUUGGUCCUGCAGCGGCUGCGAACCACUGGAACCAUCACUGGGUCUACUGGGUUGGACCCAUUUGCGGUGCACUGAUCACUGUCAGUUUCAUCAGGCUGUUGUUUGGUGACCAUAAGACUCGAAUUGUGUUGAAGUGAAUGUCUAAUUUAUUAAAGAGGAAGAGAGAGAGGACACCCGACUGACAUGUUGACAGCUUUUCUAUUUGGAUGGUCACAUGUUACUCAACAAUUAACUGUAAUAUUGAAAUUUGCCAUCAAAAUGAGUCCUUGAGUCCUGUCCUUGGACCAGCUACGAUUGUUGGCUCCUACUCAAUUAGUUUGUAUUUCAUAAUUCAAUAAAGUGUUUCAUAUGAUGUUGAUCUGAUAGCUACUCCUAGCUUUAACAGCCCGUAUUUGAUGACUGCUGUUCUUUUGAUAAUAAAUUUCAUACAUGAAAUCUUGUACAAAUUGCCACACUUGCUGUUAUCUAUUUAGUCAUUCAGUCAGUCUUUUUAUUCCCCUUGGUCAAAGUCCUGAAUGGAAAACCAUGCUUUGAUAGCUUUAUUACUAUUGUUAUUACAAGGACAUGGCACUGCGGGCACACCACAUGGCACACCACAAUGUGGCCUACAAUAAAGCUAGAUUAGAAUCAUAAACUGGUGAGAGAUCAGCUGAAACGCUGCAAUAAGUUAAAAGGAAAUUCUUGUAUUCCAGACUAUACACAUCCUAAAAAUAUGGAUGAUGGUUACAAUAACGAUGACAAUGGAUCAUUAGCACUGCCAACCUAUCCAUGCAUGUAGUGUACAUGAGCAAGGCUGUAGAAAUCAAUCAUGAAAACAUGUAGCAUGUAUUGCAUCAUAAAAAAAGUAAAUAUAAUGUAAAUUGUAAAUAUGCUGCAGUAUAUGAAAAUGUAUUUUUAAGAGUGAGUAAAAAGUCAAAUGUAAAAACAGGUGUCACUAGAAUUCAGAUCGUUUAAUUAAGUAAAAGUAGUGCACUGCAAUGUAAUAAUACUCCAUGACAAGUAAAAGUCCUCCAUUCAAAAACUUAGUUAAGCAUAAGCACAGAAGUAUUAUAAGCCUAAAUAUACUAACGUAACAAAAGUACCCACUAUGCAGAAAAGAUGAUGGUAGAUGGGGUUGUAUUAUACAUAAUAUAUUAUAGAUGAAUAUGAAAGUAAUCUGUAAGUAGACUUUUACUGUUGGAGUUGGAUAAAUAGGAGCUAAUUUUGACUACUUAAUAUACACCACCACCAAUAUCAUAAAUACAUUUCUGUCUGUAACUGGGUUAUUAAAAACUUAUUUUCUUUAACAAGUUAAAGAAAGUGUGCAGUAAUAAUAUUUUAAACUGUUAUUAAUUUAAAUCAAUUACUUUAACAAUGUUCUUUCACUUGCUGCACUAGAAUUAUGGAAACUGAAACUUUAUUUUGGAACGUAGUCCAGUGAAGAGGUUUUUCAAUGAAAAUAUCCAUCAAUCCUUCAUCUAGAACUGCUUAUCUGUGCAGGGGUGCAGGAGGGGCUGGAGCCAAUCACAGCUGACAUUGGGCGAUAGAUGACUUGAUAAGAAGGAAUGAAUAGAUAGCAUGAACUAAGAAAAUUCCUUUAGUACCACUGCUUGUUGUUUUGAUGAUGGUGGUGGAGAGCGCUGCCUGACAUAUCUCCCGAAGGUGUACAAUUACCUGAUAUCUGGUGACUGUCACGGCCAAAGUGUAUGAUUUAAAUCAUUUUCAUCCACAUCAAAGUAUUCAGGAACCCCUUCUUCUCUAUAUGUAAGCAUGCGCAUUCUUUCUUUCUUAUAGUUUAGUACUCUAAAUACUCAGAUGUUUUCCUUAAGUAAAAGUACCUGUAAAACAAUGUAAAAAUUGUUAUUUACAAGGAAAAUUCCUGCAUUCAAAAUGUUACUCAAGUAUAAGCACUAAAUUAUUAUCAUUAAAGUGUUUCAAAAAGUAAAAAAAGUACAAUUUUGCAAAAAAAUGGUCCCAUUGAGUGUUUUUAUAAAUGACAUUAUUCAAUCGUUGAUGCAGUAAUGUACAUGUAGCAUUUUAUUGUGGUAGCUGGUCGAUUUACUUUUUACUACUUUCUAUACACUAGUGCAGUGGUUUGCAACCUAGGGGUCUGGUCCCCUCCAAAGGUUUAAAUGAUAAAUAUGUGGGGUCGUGAGAUGACUAAUUUGGCAGGUUAAUGGGACAGGGGGGAAUAAAAAGUUCUGCUACAGAAAUCUGUAUUAAUCUUUUAGACUUUUGUGAAGCAUUGUUUAAUUUCACCUCUUUGGGCCUCAAACAGUUCUUCAAAUGAAACCAUGUAAUAAGUUUGGAGGGGUUUCAUUCUCACUGAUGCAAAUUAAACGAAUGUACUGCAAAAUUAUUUCCUGGUU